AUGAAUAGUUUUGAAGAUAUUGUAGAAAAUUAUGAGCAUACAUGUCACAUAAAAAGAGUGUCAAAUGUUGAUCACAAAGCCUUCAAAGAUACUCAAGAAAACUAUGAUCAUACGUACUACGUAAAAAGAGUGUCAGAUGUUGAUCACAAAGCCCUGGACGAAGCAUUGUCAGAGAAAAUUAUAAAUUGGUUUCCUAAAUGUACCGAGUUGUAUCCUGUUAAAAUGCCAAAAUCAAACACUCAUCCAAUGAAUGUGACAAAUGCUGUGAGUUAUUACAUGUUUGGAGAAACAGAUGUUGCAAGCAGCUCAAAAAUUCUACUUGAAAGUCUUCAAUCUUAUGAGUUUCACAAAAAUCUUUACAUGAAAAGAUGGAUGCACGAAGACCCAAUGGCAAAUUUUAAAGAUCAAUCCAAAAUGAUGCAGUAUUUAGUACUGAAGCCUGAUCUCAAGCAUGAAUUAUUCUUUGAUGACACCACCUUUAAAUUAUUUAUUUUCAUUAUUGCAAAUGUUGUCAGGAGAACAAUUGUAGUACUGAGUGGAAAUGAUAAUAUACAAUCAAUAUAUAUGCCUCUCCUCUCAAAUUUCUCAAUAUGUGUCCGUUAUCCGAUAAUACUUUAUGAAAACUCAAAAAAAUUCUAUCCACUUUUGAUGGACAAGAACUUUGAAAAUAUUCCAGUCAUACCAUUAUUUACUUGGCAUUCAAAAAACUUACACUCAGCAUUUUUGUUACCUGAAGAAAACAGCAAAGAUAACAUUUGUAGAUUGCUUCAAAGUUACAUGGUCAGCGGGAAAUCAAGGAAACAAAGAAAUAAUCAACUUUUUGCUAAAUUACUACCACUCUCUAUCAGUGAUAAAUCUAAAUUCAGAGACAAAUGUAAUUAUGGAGGAAUACAAUUGUUGGACACACCACUUCUGGAAACGCCACUUCUUCAUUUAGCAGAAUCAGAACCAACCGCUCCAGAUUAUGAUCUUUUGACUUUGAAAUUUUCUGAAACAAAUUUAGGUUUGACAGUUGAAGAUGAAGAAGAAAAACCAUCCCUGAUGAGAACUACCUGCAAAUAUCCUGAAUGCCUCAACUUCGUUUCCAGAUACACAGCUCCCUACUGUUACGAUCACGUGCAUCUAGCUGACCCAAUCAGACAGACAUCUAAAGUAGAAGACAUGAACAUCAGUUUAAAAUUUAAUGAAAUAAUGAAAGAAUCAGAAGAGAGAACUAAGGUGGCUGCAACACUAUGUCUCGGUGCUUUUCGGGGUUGCACCAACUUUGGAAACAGCAGAUGUGCUGGGUACUGCAAUGAAUGCUUUUCUCUAAUUUUGAAAUAA